AUGGGGCCCCCUACUGACCCCGGGCCCUCGGGCAGUGCCCAAGUUCCUGAAUGGUCAGUCCGCCCCUGGGGACAUGUACACUGAUCAUCAGGGCACUGAUGAUCAGUGUGCCCUGAUGAUCAGUGUGGCCCCAGAAGUGCCACCUGUCAGUGCCCAUUAGUGCCAUGUGCCAGUGCCCAUCAGUGCCACAUCAAUGCCACAUAUCAGUGCAUACCAGUGCACAUCAAUGCCACAUAUCAGUGCCCAUCUGAGCUGCCUUUCAAUGUCACCCAUCAGUGCCACCUAUCAAUGCCAAUCAGUGCCACCUAUCAGUGCUGCCAAUCAGUGCCACCUAUCCGUGCCAGUCAGUGUCACCUAUCAGUGCACAUCAGUGCCAGUCAGUGCCGCCUAUCAGUGCCAGUCAGUGCCACCUAUCAGUGCCAGUUAGUGCCGCCUAACAGUGCCAGUCAGUGCCGCCUAUCAGUGUCAUGUAUCAGUGCUGCCUUUCAGUGCCCAUCAGUGAUGCCUGUCAAUGCCCAUCAGUGCAACCUACCAGUGCCUCCGUAUCAGUGCCCAUCAGUGCCACCUAUCAUCAGUGUCCAUCAGUGCAGCCUAUCAGUGCCCAUCACUGCAACCUCAUUAGCACACAUCAGUGAAGGAGAAAAAUCACUUAUUUACAAAAUUGUAUAACAAAAACUAAGAAAAAAAUUUUUUUUUCAAAAUUUUCAGUGGUUUUUGGUUUCUUUAAGAAAAAAUAA